AUGCCUAAUAGUCACCGCGGUCGGAGGCCAGAGGGCCCGGAUGUGGUCACUCUGCCUCCCACUGGCGUCCUCUCCCCAGAUCUCAGGGCAAGCGGAACUCAUCAUGGUUCAGGAUGCUUCACUCGCUGCCAUUUUCACUUCGCCAAUGAUGCAGUUGAGGUUGGUGACACGGUCCGGGUUGUCGGUGGUCACCCGUCCCUGGGCAGCUGGGACUAUAAAAAAGGCCUGCCUCUGUGUAUUCGGCAAGCCCUUUAUCCGUGCUGGUUCACGGUCGAGCCGGCCAUGUUGCCGCUGAUGCGUGUGACCGAGUAUGCUUACGUCACAGUGGGCCCCAGUGGGAACCUCAAGUCAUGGGAGAGGACUGAUGCUGACCAAAGGGUUAUACCGAGUGGUAUGGAAAUGACCAUUGAGGACGAUGAUGGUCUUUAUCGCUACCUGUUGACGAGGGGCGCCGCAGCAAGGCUGCAACAAGCUGACACUACCACGGCAUCUGGUUCCAGUGGGGGAGCGGUAGACUCAGCAAGCCUUGAGUCCGGGGCUGCCGGCAGGGACCCCUCUAGUGGCGAGCUGCAUAUCCCCCUACGACCGUCAGGACCCUCACAAGAGUCUCUCCCGAGGGUCCGAUCGGCAUUUUUUGACGCUUCUAUUACGCUUACGCCUGAGGACUGCGUCGUUUUCGUCAGCAUCCAGCUGCCAGUGCUGGUCUGUAGAAAGGCCGGAGGAGGCUUCGAGGUGUAUCCGAGUAGAUAUGUGUCGAUGUCUACUCUACACGCUGUUAAGAACGAGCUCAACCCAAAGCGAUCACUAUUCGUCGGCUGGCCCGGCUUGGACUACCUAUCCAAAGAAGAACAAGAUGAAGUUCGUCGAGUGCUGAAGCCGUAUGACUGCAUACCUGUAUUUUCUAGCGAUCCGGAGCAGAAACGUAGAGGUCCGCAGCCGGCCCGGCAUGGCUUUGAGGAGUUCCUCGAUUUCUGUCAAACUUUCCUGUGGCCAACAGUGAACGACCAAGUGCCGUUGGUGCACAACUCUGAGGACCUCAUGACAUUCGAUGUGAAGUUGUGGGAUAAAUACGUCUAUUGGGUUAACGACUAUCACCUGUUAUUGGUGCCUAUGUUGUUGAGGAAGGGCCUCCGUAAGAGUCAGAGAGGCUGGGCCUCGCCGCCUUUGAGCCCCUCACAGCUCUCGCCUAGUGGCAAGUCGCCAGCUAAGAAGCCUACGAUUGGUCUGUUUCUUCACACUCCGUUCCCGACCUCUGAAAUCUUCUUGACGCUACCGGUACGGACGCAAGUGAUGCAGUCCUUGUUGGCCGCUGAUUUGGUGGGCUUCCAGUUUUUCGAUUACGCGAGGCAUUUCCUCACAGUAGUGAAGAAGCUUGUGGGUUUGGAUAUGUCGUAUAGGCUGUCGGACGGGUACCUCGCAUUAGACGUGCCCUACAGCUUCGUAUCGGGCGCACCGGCCUCGAGUGCCUCCUCUCAGCAGAGGCAUCAGGAGUCGUCUCAAUGGGGCGGGCAGGUGUUGGUGACGGUCGGCCACGCCUCGACACAGUUCGAGCUCAUUGCUGCCCAAAUGCGGGCCCCAGAGGUCCUUAGGCGUAUCAAGGAACUUAAGACUAGAUUCGCUGGGAAGACUAUUAUAUGUGGCGUAGACAGGCUGGGGAGGCUUUCUGGCAUCCUCUUGAAGCUGAGGACUUUCCGUCAGUUCCUCAAGGUGUAUCCAGCGUAUAGGAAUAAAGUCGUGCUUGUGCAGCUGGCAGUGUCGAGGACCACGACUACUCAUACUAGUCCGGAAAACAGAAUCACACUGGCGAAAAGAAUAUCAGCUUUGGCAAAGGAGAUCAACGACAGUAUGGGUCCUCACGUAUUCUUCUAUGCGGGUGAUAUCGAGACGGAGGAUAGGCUGGCGACUAUGGCGGUAUCGGAUCUGUUGCUGGAUACUAGUCUUAAGGAUGGACUCAACUUGACGCCUUUUGACUGCGUCCUUGGCCAUCAGGGCGCGUUGCUGGGCCGCGUGGUGUGUUCGGAGUUCUCGGGAUGCAGCCAAGUAUUGACAGGCAGUCUCAGAGUGAACCCAUGGGACACAGAAAAAGUCCUCAAUAUGCUAGACGAGAGCCUCAGUCUACCUUUACAGGAGUUGACUACUCGAUUCGCGAGGGACAUUUCGUAUGUUACGAGUCAUAGCCUGUUGAGAUGGGCGCAGGGGAUCAUCAACGACUUGGCACGGUGUCGGGCUCACUAUGUAUCGAGAAUGUCUAACCCUGAUGCUGAUAAGGAGGUCGCUUGGGGAGUUAAGGGCAGCUGCGAAGUUCUAGCGCAAAUCGAUGACCAUAACUUUUUUAAACUCGAUGUCCCUCGGAUUGUAAGGGACUAUAGUAAAGCCAAGAGGAGGAUAUUCUUCCUCGAUAAUGAGGGUACACUGGCACCGGACCUCAGGAGGAUGUUCAGACACUCUGAACCAGAGGUCAAUCGGGAGUCGAAUGUGCUGAUGUCGCACGGCAAUCCGCCCUCGGCAGCAGUGUUGGACUCCUUGUCGAAGCUGUGCAGUGAUCCGAGGAACACUGUCGUGAUUCUGAGCGGCAGGGAGAAGUCGUUGCUACAGGACUGGUUUGGUUCUGUGCGUAAUAUUGGUCUAGCGGCUGAGCAUGGCUACUACUGGAAGCUUCCUCCCAAUACUAUGAAGAGGCAUGUGGGGAAACUGGGCGAGGAGGCCAACGUCGCCUCCCCAGUGGGUCCUGACGGAUGGGCGUGUCUAUUGCCCGAGGCAUCGGAGGCUGACGCGAAGAAGGCAGAAUGGAAGGCGCUUGCGGGGGAACUCAUGCGGCAGUACGUAUCCAGGACGCAAAACUCGUUUGUGGAAAACAAAGGCUCCGCAUUGGUAUGGCAGUUCAGGGACACUGAUCCUGAUUUUGGUCUACAUCAGGCAAAGGAGUACCUGAAGGGGUAUGAUGUUGAGGUCACUAUGGGGAAGGGCUAUGUAGAGGCGAAGUUGAGAGGGGUCAACAAGGGGCUGGCAGUACAGACUAUAUUGGCGAAGUUGGCCACUGCUGGAAAUGACCAGUCACCAGACUUCGUGAUGUGUAUUGGUGAUGACCGUAGCGAUGAGUACAUGUUCGAAGCACUGAAUUCGAUGUCGGUGUCGUUGACGGCUCAUCCGGACUCAUUGGAUCACGCACAAUUCGUCCCUGGUGUUGGUAUAGUCCGCUCAAGUGGGGUGGAACGAGAGUUGUCUUCGGAGGAAGAGGAAGAGGAAGCUGAGGCUCCACAACGGACUAAGAGCACUCCGGCUACGGGUGUCCAGCCCUCAGCUGAGAACACCUUUACUCAGCGUAUGUGGAUGCGGUAUUCGUCUCGAGCGUCUCGGCCGAGUCAUACGUCGGACCCUUCCUCGAGAGUAGUGGGUGCUGCGAGAGUGACGAGGAAAAAGAAGAAGUCGCCUAGCAGGCAGUCAAAGAAUAAAGAAGUGUAUUGCAAAUACACUGUCACAGUGGGCCGGAAGCCGGGCUCACAAGCGCAUUACUACGUUCACGAUGUGCACUCGGUGACGGACCUGCUGGGUAGACUGGCUGAUGAGACUUUGUACCCUCGGCAGGAGGCUAGUGAGGUCAAUGCCGAUAGCCCUGCUUCGCCACAAAGAUUCGCUGUCCACAACUCUCAAACGGUACCGGCGGGAAAUAGUGCACAGUUCGUCCAGAAACCGCACGUGCUUGAGGAAGCCCCCAUUAUGGAAGGGCCCGAAGAUGAGCCUUCAAGUCCAUCGCGUCCUCCUAUUUGGGAAAUUAAGUUCCCCAAUGCUGACUCCUCGGACUCCCUUAAUGACGGCGCGCCAUAA